GUUGUCGUUUUUUGGCGCGAAAUUCCACAGGUUUCUUUCCGUAUAAUAUAAAUAGCGCGAAGACAGUAAUUCAGUUUUAGGUUUCUUAUGAAGUAAGGACAAAACUGCACCGUGAGUGUCGUUUUUAGCUGGGUUUGUUCACUGACGACACAACUAGACUUGCACUCCGUUGUCAGUUGGCAAAACUUUAGUGUGCAAUCAAUACUGGGUUUGUUGUAAGCUUUCGUUAGGCUGUUACAGUAUAUCACAAUGGCAGAUGCUCUGUCAGAUGCUAGUGAUCUCAGUGGAGGAGAGGAGAGUCAAGAGGAUGUGAUGACCCCAGCAGAGCUCAUCACCAAACUGGAGGAGGCUUGGCUGAAUGAGAAGUUUUCUCCAGAACUGCUGGAGAACAAAUCAGAGCUGGUGGAGUGUGUGAUGGAGCAGCUCACACACAUGGAGGAAAAUCUCCAGAGGGUGAGGAAAGGUGAUGUGAAGGCCAGCAUUCACCGCAUGGAGAUCGAUCGUAUCCGCUUUGUUCUUAGCAGCUAUCUUCGCUCAAGACUCCAGAAGAUAGAGAAGUUUUUCCCUCAUGUUUUGGAAAAGGAAAAGUCACGUGCAGAUGGGGAUCCUUCGUUUUUGUCUCCCGAGGAGUUUGCCUUUGCUAAAGAGUAUCUGGCCAACACAGAGGUGUACCUUCGAGCUGUGGCUCUGAAACACAUGCCCCCAAACCUGCAGAGCAUUGACACGAUGAAGGCUGUUCCUGAGCCAUGUCUGGACACGUUUGUGUUCCUGAGAGUGAAGGAGAGGCAGGACAACAUCCUUGUGGAACCUGAGACCGAUGAGCAAAGGGAGUAUGUUGUGGACUUGGACGAAGGUUCUCAGCAUCUGAUGCGUUAUCGCACUAUAGCGCCUCUAGUGGCCAACGGUGCAGUGCAACUUAUUUAGAACCUCUGGAACAGAAUGAGGACGCCACAGAGGAACAUAUCAUCUCUGUACUCUGGCCCCUUACGUGACGGAUGCAAAGCUGAUGCCCAACUCUGUACAGACAAUAGAAAGUUGCUAUCAUUUGGACCUUGAACAUUCACCUGUGUUUGACUCAAAAAGCAUUGAUCUUUUUAAAAUGGCAAAUUUGCAUCACAAAACUGUCAUGAAAGAGAGGUAUCUUAUUACUGAGCUUAAAAAGCAUUCUGACAAAUAGACAUGUACCAAAACAACACACUGCAGUAUUCCUAUGGACAAUGCUUAAGACAGUCUGAACUGACUUGGGUUCUGUUCUUGCGACUAUUUAAUCAAUUAUUGAUUGCUCAGUUAUUGCAGAAUUAACAAUUCAGUCAGAAGCUGUGUUUUUUUUUUUGUUUUUUUUUCUGUUAAUGGGUAGUUGUUGGUUUGCAUAUACAUGUUUUUUUUUUUUUAAAUGAUCACCGUGGUUGUGCUGGUUUAAAAUAAAAUUGUAUUAUUUAUGUUUCCAUAUUGCGCCAUCAUGCUUGUGCUGUCUGGCUUUAGUUUUGGCCACAUUUCAAAUGUAUGCACGUCUGUGCAUUAUAUAAGGAAACAUCAACCAAGUGGCAUUUAUUUUAAAGAAAGAUAUAAGAAAUUUUAAUCACAGAUUUUUACAAAAAUAAGUGUAUUAAAAAAAUUAAUUAUAACCAAUUUUGACAAGAACUGGUUAUUUGGUCACUUUCUGGUUGUCAAACAUUAGUGGAAUGUGUCCAUAGUUAAUGGACGACACCUGUGGUUACUCCUGUGUGACCUUGAGAAUUAAUGACUUUACAUCUGCUAAAAAUCACCUUGAGAUCAGUUGAUUUAUAAAGUGAAAAAAUAAGAAAAGCUCUAGCAUCAUUUGUUUGUAGAUCACACUUGGUUUGAUAUUUUGUUAUCUAAUGCAAUACAAUUAAUACAUUAAGUGUGACUUAAAUAUCCAACAGUGUCCAAAGACUUUUUGGGGCCACUAUAUUACAGCUCAUGCCAGCAGUUGUACGUGACUUCUGCCAUGUCUGUGAGAAACACAAUAAAACAGCUGUGUUGGAUGACUUUUGCAAUAUUGAGCAUGUACGUGAGCAUUCUAUUCCACUGAGUUGUGUACUUGGUAUUUAUGUCUGAAAGGUUCACAUAAUGAAACUUCUAUCUGCAAGUCAAAACCGGUAUCGUUCUUACUCCAGUAUUAUGAAAUAGGUGGAAUCACCAAGUCCACAUUGACACAGUCUUGUCUAGGGUCAUGACUCACAUCUAGAUAAACCUCUAUUGUCAAAGAAAUGGCCGACUAAACCAAGAACUCUAAAGCAUGUAUAAAAUCGAGUUUAUGUACUGUAAAAUCAAAGUAUUUAACCCUCCUAUUCUGAUCAAGUGCUUACUCUUCUGUUCUUGGUCAUUUUUGACCGGACACAGCACAGGUGUUUUUUUUUAUUUAUUUUCUUAAGAAAUGUACUUCUUAUCUGAAGUAAAAACAAUAAAAUGAUGCACUUCUUUUUGGAAUUUUAUGGUUUUUAGAACUUAUUCACAUAUAAAUUCUCAAUGUCACCAUUAAUUUGCAUAUGCAAUUUAGCAAAUUUACAGUAUGUAACUUCACAACAGUAAAAACCUAGCUGAAAAAGAAAAUAUAUGAAAAUGUGUCUUGUAUUGAGGGCAGCUUGCUGCCAUCUGGUGAAAAAAGAAAAAUAUGACUUCAAAAUCAUGUUAUGACAAUAAUAGCCAAUAGAUGGCUGCAGUGUUCCAUGCAGCCACGUACUGUGUAGUAAUCCUAAAUUUAAUCACAAGUUAUAAUUUAAACAUUUGCAAACUAUUAUUUGUCAAAGUUUAGCUUUUGUUUUUGUAACUGUUUUGAAGUGUCAGUUUUUGCAAUAAUGUCACAUUAUGCUUACAGUCAAACCUGAUCAGGUGCUACAAAGA